CGAUGGGUAAGAACAGCUCCCCAGAUGGCUCUUACUAUACGGAGGAAAAUCGUUCCUUCGGUACGGCACGGUUCUCCUCAGGCGCUUCGAUGCAGUCAAACAGGUCUGAGCGAUCGUACAGCACCAGUCCUUUCUCGUCCAUCGUCGUAGUCGCACCGUCACACGUGCACAUACAAGAGAGACAGAAGGAGAGGGGGGGAGAGAAAAAGAGAGAGAGAGAGAGAGAUCGAGAGUAUACAAAGACGACCACGAGCAGCGACCGAGGAAAAAUCGCGAGGAAACAGCGGGGGAAGUAGAAAAGAAGGAGAGGAAAGAGAGAGAGAGAGAAAAGAAAUAGAAUAAAUAUCGGACGAGGAAGUGCGUGAAUUACGAUCAAUCGAAAUUGUAUAGUUCAGUCGACGGAAUCGAGACAACCGGCAUGACACUGCCGGUAGCGGUCUAUGCAGAAGACUGAUCGGCGUAUCAGCGAAGCUCUCGAGAAGACCACCGGCUAUUACGCGGAAGAAACGACUUUCGUCAAAUUAGAACGUUAAAUAUUUGAAGGAACAUGUGAUCGAAGAUAAGACAUAAUCGAUAUAAUAAGAGUAAACGGAACGUUUUCCUGGGAACGAGAGAUACGAUGUGUAACAUAUGAUAGCGGACUGGAAAACAGUUGCUUCGGCGAGAACACUUUUCUUAUUUGUUGACUUAGUGAUCCGAGAAACGGGACUGACGUUUGCGUGGAUUUUCAAUUUAUCUGAGUGAGAUGAACCAACAGUGCAGGGUAUGCGACGAGCCCGCAGCGGGGUUUCAUUUCGGUGCGUUCACGUGCGAGGGUUGCAAGUCAUUCUUCGGUCGCACGUAUAACAACCCCACUAACGUGACAGCAUGCAAGAACGGCGGCAACUGCAUAAUCAACAAGAGGAACCGGACGGCUUGCAAAGCGUGUCGAUUAAAGAAAUGCCUAGACGUCGGCAUGUCCAAGUCGAGCUCGCGCUACGGGCGGCGCUCGAAUUGGUUCAAGAUCACUUAUUUCUCGGAGCAGCUGAGACGCGAUCAAAACGCGAACGAGAUGGCAGCGCUCCGUCCUUCCGGUAUCGUUCCGUCCUUCCGUUUAAGUUAUCCCCCGCAAAAUGUUGCUGACGGCAGCAACGAAAUAGACAACGGCCCGUCGACCAGUCACGAAAACCCGGCGGUGCAGUAUCCGUACCACAUGUCACCGGCGAUGCUGCAGCGACCGGACGGAUCGCCCCAUCCCGACGACGUGGCUUUAUACCAUCAACUCUAUCUGCGCAACUGGUAUUUGGGGGAACAUCAGCCGCAGCUACCGUCCCUCACAACACCGCCGCCCACGUCGAGGGAAGUCUCGUCAUCGCCGCACGACAAUCACUCGCCACGGCAACGGAGUCCGUCCGCGGAAACUUCCGCGACAUUCACUCAGGGAACGUCGUUUUACUCGUCGGAUUCUUACCGAUCGCCUGUGCCGACGGAGUCAACGUCGAGGAAUAACAUUAGAAACGCCGAUGGCGAAUCCGAGAGCGAGUCCAUCGAUGACGACCAUCCUCGCGAUGUACAGUCCAGGAGCAGUUCGAGCCGGUCGCCGUUCACACCCACGAGAGCAAACGAGCAAGAGUCCAAACCCAGAGUCUCGAUCAACGGCAUGCUCAUGCUCACGGGUCAACAUUCCCUAUUACUCCCAGGAGGGAUGUUCGCAUCGGGGUCACACUCGUUGCCACCUCCGUGGAGGUAUCACAAUCUACUUCUGGUUAACUCUAAUCAUAAUAAUUCCGCCGGCGACGAACCGAUCGAUCUAAGCAUGCGGGCGAGUGGCACUCUGCCGCGAUCCAGAGAGUCGCCAGUAAAAGAAGAGAAAGAGGAAGAACAGGACGAGAAGAAUGGCGGCAGGUCGCCCAAGGAAGAGACCGCGGCGUAUCCGCUCGAUCUGACGCUUUCCGCUGGUACGUCCUUGACGGCGAAUUGUUUUGUAGGCUCAUGAGCCGCUUGAAUCGAUUUCGAUUCUCGGAAUUUCGAUUCGUCUUCAUCUGAAGAAACACGUCGAAAGAUUCGCGCGGUUUCUAGAGGAGCGAGCUCGAAAGAAGUUCGAGAGAAACGAUGGACAAUGUUUAUAAUAGUUACAAUUCCACUGAUAAAGUGAAUAGAAACGAAUAACGUAUAGCGAAAAUCGCGGUGUAUAUAUUUAGAAUUAUUUUCGCGAUGGAAAAACAACAAUGAUGUUGAGAAGGAACGGGGAGAUGCUGGUCAGUUUGACGACCGUUCAUAGGUAGUACCAUCAUGAAAAUGUGUUCAUUUUGUGUACAUAUAUACAUAUAACAUAGUACUUGAAACGAUUAAAUCGACGCGAUUUAUAUUGAUUUAAUUUAUUUCAGACUAUCCAAUAUAUAUAUAUAUAUAUAUAUAACUGGUGCAGCCGUUUUCAA